ACUUGGACUGGAAUACACAGCAAUAUACUACAAUAUAGUACAUUAUACAGUACUACUUUGUACUUACGCCACAUCAACCACGCCGACAUAACACAUUUUGGAUUAUUGCUGGAUAUUUACAGGAACUUUAUUUUGGUUCUUUAGCUGGAAAGUGUCUGACAUCCCAACUGUCAACCACCAAGAAUGGACCACGUGAGCCUCGGACUUCAGUCAUGUUAUCUUUGAGCCGCUGGAAUUGUUCAUCGUCGCCGCUCGUCCCUCACUUGUCCAAUGUCAGCGUCGGUAAAGCGAAGGCCAGGGCGGCGCUGGAGGAGACGUCCCAGCAGGCCAACCUCACCACGGGCGGCGUCAUGGUGGUGGUGUUCCCCAUGACGCUGGGCAUCGUCUCCAACAUCGUGGCUCUCUUCAUCCUGGCCAACGCCUACUCUCUGCAGCGUCGACGCUCCAAAGCCACGUUCCUCCUGUUUGCCACCUCCCUGGUGGUGACCGACUUCAUCGGUCAUGUGAUCCCGGGCGCCCUGGUUCUGAGACUCUACCUUUCUGGAGGCGCACGCCCUGAGGACUACAGGUCCUCGGAUGGCCUGUGCCAGUUCCUGGGAGGCAGCAUGGUGUUCUUCGGCCUGUGUCCGCUCUUCAUGGGGUGUGCCAUGGCUGCAGAGCGUUGCCUGGGCGUCACCAAGCCGCUGCUGCACUCCUCCUUGGUCACGGGCGCCCGCACUAAAAUGUGCCUGUGUGUCAUCUGGCUGGCCGCGCUGUGUGUGGCCUUGUUGCCGUGGUUACAGCUGGGCUCCUACACCUACCAGGACCCGGGCACCUGGUGCUUCAUUCAAGUUCUCAGCGACAUUCAGCAGGCGGACGUGGCCUUCGUGGCGCUUUUCUCCGGGCUGGGCUUGGCCGCCCUCGCCGUGGCGGUGGUGUGCAACACCGUCAGCGGACUGACCCUGGUUCUGGCUCGCCUCAGGAGGAAGCCCGGGUCGCAUCAUUCGGCCAGGUCACAUGACAUAGAGAUGGUGGUGCAGCUGGUGGGGAUCACAGUCACCUCCUGUAUCUGCUGGUGCCCUCUGCUGAUCCUUGGCCUGACGUCCGCCAUCCACUCCUACACAGGACCCAUUGGAGAGCAGGACCUUCCUGGCUACAAAAUGUUGAUGGUGAUGGGUGUGAGACUGGCCACGUGGAACCAGAUUCUGGACCCUUGGGUGUACAUCUUGCUGCGCCGCACCGUCCUACGGAAAAUUUACCUCAUUGCAAAAUGCCAAGCCGGCCUGGGGGGGAACAUUUUUGGCUGCUUGGACUCUGCAUCUCCUCCCCAGUCAGAGAAGAAUGAAGUCAACCAAGUCUAAGCUGGAAGGACCUCGUAAGAACUGGAAUAGAAGUUCUAAAAGGAGGACUACAAGGGGGGGGGGGACAUUUCUGGGCUGGUCCACUUUGAAAAUGUUAUGCAUACGAGGAAAUAUGUAUCCCGUAUCUUUGUAGCAUUACUUUAUUUUUCUGACCUUACAAAUGGAAGCUAGCUAAAACUUUAAAUGCUGUGAUUUUGCACAAAACUUAAUGGUUAUAUUCAACAGUGGCACCUCGGUUUUGGUUCGUAAUCCGUCCCGAAAACUGAACGAAAGGAAACAAAAACUGAAUCAUACAAUUAACAUAUUCUGCUCCAUCCAUCCAAAAAUAUAAACACUAAACACAUUGUAUAGAAAAUAGUUUGACAUGCAGAAAACAAUGUGAAAUACGAGUAAAUGACAAGUGAAAUAGAUAAAUUAACAUUUGAUAUCACUUUUACUUUUGUUGAAGACUCUUGUUGGCAAAGAUGGCGAUGAAUGGAGGGGGGUUGACCCACCUUAGUACUUUGCUUUGAGUUACUUCUUGAAUCUAUAGUGUUUCUCACCUUCUUUAUCAAAGUGCUGGCACUCACAACUUUCUUUGGCCCCAUUAAGGAUUGGGUAUCUUUCACAUUUGACUAGAUAUGGUGCCAAUUCCUGAUACAUAGGAAUUGAUACUGGUACACAAUUCAUUGACUCACUUUUUGGUACUUGUGUGUGUUCAGGUGUUAGUAAAUACUAAUUGUUUAUUAAUAAAAAAAAAAAACGUUUUUAUUUAACUUAACACUGAGCUGAUAUUGAUAACUGUGCUGUCUAUUUGUUAUAUCUUGAUUUCGUACACGUCCGAGUCUCAUUUGUAAGUAUCAUAUAAUGGACUUUGCAUGCAGUUGCAAUUCCAAGACGUUAGAUGGCAGUAGUGUAUAGACUACGGUGUGUAGCUGUAGCCAGGAAGUAUUAUUUGCCAUGAAGCUGAAUGUGCCAGUCUUUUCUAUUGUUGAGUCCUACAACCUGUUUAUACUAUUAGUUAUUAAACACCAGCUGUUUGAUUGUAACAUGCAUCUUAGUUAAAUUUGGAGUGUUGAAAUUGCCAUGUGAAAUUGCUAAUGCUAAUCAUUAGCAUGUACUGUACAUGAUACAGCCAAUGUAAAUUUGCAUCAAGCUAGCACAUUUUGGACAAGUGGAGCAUUAAUGUACAGUACAGGCCAAAGGUUUGGACACACCUUCUCAAUUCAAUGUGUUUUCUUUAUUUUCAAGACUAUUUACCUUAUAGAUUGUCAAUGAAGGCAUCAAACUAUGACACCUGUGAAGUGAACACCAUUUCAGGUGACUACCUCUUGAAGCUCAUCAAAAGAAUGCCAAGAGUGUGCAAAGCAGUAAACAGAGCAAAGGGUGGCUAUUUUGAAGAAACUAGAAUAUAAAACAUGUUUUUAGUUAUUUCACCUUUUUUGUUAAGUACAUAACUCCACAUGUGUUCAUUCAUAGUUUUGAUGCCUUCAGUGACAAUCUACAAUGUAAAUAGUCAUGAAAAUAAAGACAACUCAUUGAAUGAGAAGGUGUGUCCAAACUUUUGGACUGUACUGUAUGUUGGAGCAUUUUCUGUCAGGCAUACUUGCUUUGUUGGCAUGGAAAUGUGUAACAUCACCUAAAGACAGUUUGUAUGAGUCUACUGAGUGCUACUUGAGUGUUUGUUUCCCCGCCAAGUGUUUGAACCAGUCUACAACCGACCGUGACGUCACGGGCAACAAAGGUGUCAAAAUUCGGUACAGCUUGAUUUUAUGUGAAUCUAUACCCAGUAGUACCGACAAAAGUCUGUCGGUACCAAAACAAGUACCAAAUUCACAACAUAUCGAUAGGCCACAUAAUGGCUUAUUCUGCAGUCAUACUCGGUGAAAAAGUAUAAAAACUGAGUCACUAAAUUGUGGGAUUCUUUAUUCGGGCACUCGAUUAUGCAGGCAAACAGACCAGUUUGUUACGCGCAAUGUUUGGCCGCACACAAAAAACCAGGGGAAACCAAAUCCGACUAAAAGUUGGGUGGAAAACGGAGGUACAACUGUAAUGUUUACUUUGGAAAUGAACGUUCUUUAGUGCUUAUUUCAUGUUGGGACAACAAUUUGAAAGUGCUGCAAGGCAUCUUUUAUAUUCAAUUGGGAAACCUGAGAGAGACAAACACUAAAGCGCUCUUGUUGUGUACAAGAACUUGGACCACUGCAGUGGACAUUUGUAUUUGGGAUAACAGGGCAGUUUUUUUCUGAAAUUACUGAAUCUGACAAAAUAAAUAGAUCCAAAACAAAUAUCCACUACAGAGGAUCAGGGGCGCCGAAAAGGGGGGGUAAAGGAGACGGAUUCUAGGGGCCCAUGAUGGAGGGGGGGCCCAGAGAGGCCCCUAAUGAUGAUGAAAUUAUAAUGUUGCCGCUGUGUUGGGGGCCCUGUAAAGAUUCUUUUCAUGGGGCCCAAAAUCCCUAGCGGCGCCCCUGCAGAGGAUACUGGUUCUCAAACUAAAUUAUAAUACAACAAUUUACUUGAAUAGCCAUGUUCCAUGUGGAGACUUUUAAAGAAAAACUGUUACUUCCUUUCUUUCAGCACAGGACAAAAAGUAAACAUGUUGGGUCUGCUUUUCUCACGCAUUGAAUGAAUGUAAAACAAAGUGCAUUGGUCCGAGCCUCUUGAGAGAUCUCAUGAGUAAGUACUAAUGUAUCAUACGGAAUAUCCAUGCUCAAUUCCUGCACAAUAAAUGAUUAUGUCCAUUAUGGGAACAUGUGGGGUAUUGUGAAAGGUGAUUCUUGUGGUCUCAAAGGAAAUGCAAAGAACUUGUAAGUGAAUGCAAAUAAAGCCGUAGAUUGUGACUAAUAUUGUGUGAAAUUAUUUUUGACUAAUUUCUUCAAAAACAUAAAAAAAUAAU